AUGGCUUGGGCUGGAGAAAGCGGCCGUCUUUUUUAGUUACGUGCAAGCAAGCAACCGUGGAAUUCAAUUGUUCAACAGAAAAAGAAAAACGCGAACGAACGCGAAAGAGUUUACUUUUCCGAGGCGGCGCAGGAGAUUGAACUGAUUUUGCAGAUAUUCUAUAAGUAAAAAUGUCCGGAUUAUUUGGUACAGCGGCCACCACCACCUCGACGAACGCGGCCAAUACUCUCGGUGACCUCUCGAAAGAUAUCCCUCUCAAUAAUCCUCCAGAGGAUAGUAUUUCCGAUCUUUCCUUCUCGCCAGUUUCCGAACAUUUAGCUGUCGCAUCAUGGGAUAAGAAAGUGAGGAUUUAUGAAAUUCUGUCAAGCGGGCAGAGUGAAGGUAGGGCAUUAUUCGAUUUCGAGGGGCCAGUCUUCAGUUGUCACUGGUCAAAGGUAUGUAUAAGCAUAGUUGGGGCCCCAAUAAAGAGUAUGCUGAUGAUUUGGAAUAGGAUGGAAAGAAAGUAGUAGGCGCGGGAGCAGACAAAACUGCGCGUGUGAUGGAUCUUGAAAGCAACCAGACAGUAUCGCAAGUCGCCGCGCAUGAUCAACCUAUAAAGGCCGCGAGAUUCUUCACAGCCCCUCAGACAAACGGCGAAAUGCUUGUAACCGGAUCCUGGGAUAACACCAUUAAUUAUUGGGAUUUGAGAACUCCCAACCCGGUCAUCUCGGUGAACAUGAAUCACAAAGUCUAUACCUUAGAUGUGCAGAAGAACGUUUUGGUUGUUGGGACCGCAGAGCGAUUUAUCAACAUCGUUGACUUGAACAUGCCAGAUAAGAUUAAAAAGACCAUUCAGAGUCCGUUGAAAUGGCAAACUAGAGUUAUUAGCUUAUUCCCCGAUGCGACUGGCUUUGCUGUUGGCAGUAUUGAAGGAAGAUGUGCGAUUCAAUAUGUUGAAGACAAGGACGCCAGGUAUGCAAUCUUGCCCCAUGAACGUAUCUUCACGAAUUUUACUAACUCAUCGAAGUAUGAACUUCUCAUUCAAAUGCCACCGCGAUCCACCUUCAAACAACAUGACCAAUGUCUAUUCCGUGAACGCGAUAUCAUUCCAUCCCAUCCAUGGCACUUUCAGCACUGCUGGAUCUGACGGCACUUUCCAUUUCUGGGACGGGAUCGCCAAGCAUAGAUUGAAGGGCUACCCAAGCGUUGGGGGAACCAUCUCAGCUACAGCAUUCAAUCAUACAGGAAACAUCUUUGCCUAUGCCGUUAGUUACGAUUGGAGUAAGGGAUAUUCAAGUAACACACCGCAGUAUCCAAAUAAGAUUAUGUUACAUCCCGUGAACGCGGAUGAGUGUAAGCCCAGACCAAGUGUCAAGAAGAGGUAGAUGGCCGCACUACCAUUCGAGAAUGUCGCGAUCGGAAUUCGGAGAAUGAAAACUACAGAUAUAUGGGAGAGGACUCCAAGGCUCGAGUGAAUCUCCGAUCCUUUAAAAUGUCACAUGGUUCAGUUGGACAUACCAUUUAGUCCUGGGUCGAGCAUCGCCAGAUCGGAACCAAAGAUAGCACGGAAGAUGAGAGCGGGAGGCCCCAGUCAUGGGAGAGAGAAGUUAUUAGGGAGGAGUUAAGGACGGUUACAAAGCGAUCAAUACCAAAAAUUAGGUCAUAUAGGUAGUAAUGAUAUGAAGUGUAUUCAAAGCCAACGAAUGUAUUACUCACGCUU